GUUCAUGAGUAAUGUCUGAUGCUUUGUGUUUGUAGGUUUGAUUAUGAAGGAGACCAGCCCUGGACGUCUCAGUGAGGGUGUGAAGCUCAUCUUUGAUCAGAAGGCUCCAUCCGGUCGCAGUUCCUCUCACUCUCACAGCAGCAGCAGCGACAGCUCGUACUCCAGCAGCAGGGGAAGCCGCUCCUCCCGCAGGUCACGGAGCUCAUCCUCCGACAGUGGCUCUUCCUCACGUUCCCGCUCCCAUCCACGCUGCUCGGGCCGCUCACGCUGCCGUCACAGACACCAAUCUCCUCCUCGCCGCUACCGGGCUCGCUCCCGCUCCUACAGCCCUUCUCCUGAGCUUUCCUCCCACCACAGACGCUCCUAUCGCCGCAGUCGCUCUCCAUCCCCCUACAGCUACUCCAGACGCUGCAGGCGUUCUCCGUCCCGAUCCCGCUCUCGCUCUCGCAGUCGCUCUCCGGUCUACUGGAGGGGAAGCAGGUUCGUGGAGAGGUACCGGUGCCGUUUCUCCCGCUCACCCAGGAGCUCCAGAGAUUAUAGAAGCCGGUCUCGCAGCCGUGAACGCUCUGCAGUCCGCCUCAGCCUUGAGGAGAAGAAAUAUCUGUUGAAUGUCGCCAAAGCAAAUGCCGCCAGGAUUUUGGGAGUGCAGAACUUAGAGCUGCCAGCUAGCCUGAAGGAGGAGGAGGAGAAGAGGAGAUCUUCAUCAGAUAAAGAGGAAAGGGUGAGCGCUGACCCAGCACCACAGAAGACAUCAACACAGGUAAACGUUGCCAAUGAUGAUGUCAAGGCAGAGACUUCUCCAACAUCACCCAAGAGAAAGCCAAUUACCUUCAACAUCAACAAUACCAUUGCCAAACCAUCAAACAGCCCAACGCUCCAUGACAGUAAGGUAACGUCAAGAGCCGACAGCGUAGCAGACAAGAAGCCAUAUGGACAGUGGGUCCCCAUCAGCAGAUCCUCUUCUAAGAAAUAAUUAACACUGAGAUUCAACAGUGAUGUAAAAAGACUGUAUAUAGUGUAAAUAGUUUGUGUAGAGAUCACUUGGGUGGGUGGUUAGGGAACAUCUGAAUUCAUCAUAAACGUUUUCUUUCAGAUAUAAAGUGGGUUUUGUGGAAGGCGGCAAGAGGAUGUCAAACAGGUGGGAAAUAUUGUGUACUUUUUGGUGUUUUUGUGCUGUACAGUGGAUGUUUCUAAAUAAAAAUGCAA